GCUUUCCAUGUGGUUUCCGCUUUUUUCCAUUCGGAGGAGAAGAGCGCAUCGUGGGCUGGAGUUUCGCGUGCGAAAGAGCGGAAGUCGGGACUAAAUUUCGUUGCUUUUUUUUCCUUUGGGGAGCUUUCGCUCUUGAGGGUGGUGAUCGCAAAUCGCCGCCUCGUUCCUCGUCCGUGGUUUCGAUCGUUCUCGGAGGAUUUGCUUUGAUUGUUGAUGUCCUGUGUUUUUUUCCUGGGUUCGGGAGGUUGUUCCUGUUUGUGAUCGUUCGCAGUAGCGUUUGAAGAUGGGUUUUGCUGCUGUUUACCAAUGCCUGCAGGAACUAUUCCCACAGCUCGAUGCGCGCUUGCUGAAAGCUGUUGCUAUUGAACAUCCUAAAGAUGCUGAUGCAGCUGUGGAAGUUAUUCUUUCUGAAGUUCUUCCUCAUAUGGUACAAAAGGCAAAAAUGACUGAUUCUCGCUCUGAGAAUAUGAGUUCUCUUGGCCAAUCAGAUGCAGAAGUUGAAUCUGAGGAGCAAACUUCAUUAUCAAGGCGCCGACAUAUGUCUAAGAGGGCAACUGUCAAUUCUUUGGAGAUGAAAGAGGUGUCUAGUGGAGGUGGUAAUGCUGCUAACAAUGCAGGCAAUUCUGUGGAUGCUGAUUCAACACUCGGUGAUGAGGGUCCUUUCUAUGAUGCAAAUGAUGGGAAUGAUCAUCCAUGUAGAGCUGUUGAUAAUGAAGCCAUGAUUGUAUCUGAAAAUAGUCAAGAAACGAGUGUUGAUCAAGCAGAUAAAAAUUCUGAAGUCUGGAAACAUUCUGGUUUGCAUCCAUGUGAUGGAAAUGCUGAUGGUGAAGAGUUAAUUUUGUUAGGGAUGGAGAAAGUUCAGGAACCUAUGCCAGUGUCCGAGAAAGUUCAGGAGCCUAUGCCAGUAUCGGAGAAAGUUCAGGAGCCUAUGCCAGUAUCUGAGAAAGCUCAGGAGCCUGGCCCUAGUUAUGGCACCACUUCAAGUUCUGAUCUGGUGCCACUCACUUCAAACUUUGAAAGUGGCAGGUUGAGCAGCAGUUUGCAUAUCGGUUCAAGAGGUUCCAGUUAUUCUGAUGUUGGUGUUGGUGUUGGUGUUGGUGAAAAGAGCUCUAACUUGGAAACAUUUUUGUCUGAGGUUGAGAAUGCUGAUGUUGAACUGGCGUUGCUGUCUCCUAAAGAGCAUUCCUCAGAGGCUCCAAGUUGGGUCUCUGAAGUUGAUACUGAUGCUUACGUAAAUAACUAUGCUGAUGGGAAUGUAGAAUUAGAAUCUAGUACUGUUGCUCAGAAACUAGACCUCAGUUGCACUGACACUGUUGAAAUGGAUGAUGAUCUUCCACUGAACAUGACUCGCUCUGGACAGAUUUGUAGUGUUGAACUUCUCGAAGAGAUCAUUGAGGAUGCGAAGAAUAAUAAGAAAACCUUGUUCUCAGCAAUGGAAUCGGUUAUGGACAUGAUGAAGGAAGUUGAAGAGCAGGAGAAAGCUGCAGAAGUAGCCAAAGAGGAAGCUGUUAUGGGAGGUCUUGUUAUUUUUAGCAAGGUUGAAGAACUGAAACAGAUGCUGGCACGUGCCAAGGAAGCUAACGAUAUGCGUGCUGGAGAAGUGUAUGGGGAGAAGGCGGUUUUAGCAACUGAAGUCGGGGAGCUACAGUCCCGUUUGUGCAGCUUGUCAGAUGAAAGAGAUAAGUCUCUUGCUAUUCUUGACGAGAUGCGUGAAGCUCUUGAAUCUAGACUUGCUGCUGCGGAGGAGGUGAUGAAAGCUGCUGAGAAUGAAAAGCUGGAAAAAGAAGAAUUGGCACGAAGUGCUCAAGCCGAACAGGAAGCCAUAAUGGAGAAGGUGGUUCAAGAAUCAAAAGUACUACAAGAAGAGGCAGAGGAGAAUUCCAAGCUAAGGGAGUUUCUUAUGGAGAAGGGGCGAAUUGUUGAUAUAUUGCAAGGUGAAAUAUCGGUUAUUUGUCUGGAUGUGAAGUUCCUUAAAGAGAAGUUUGAUGAGCGGGUUCCUCUGAGUAAAUCUGUUUCCUCUAGUCAAACCAGUUGCCUUUUGGCCUCAUCAAGCUCUUCUCGGAAAAGCUCAUCCUCAAAUCCUAUUCUCAACGAAGCUGAAACAUACGGGACACCAAACAAGAUUGCUGAGACAGCUAUGAUCAAGGACCUUUUGCCUUUCGAUGAGGAAAAAAGCAGAGUCGAUCUGAAAGAGCUUACAGAUUUAGGGUGGGAGUUCUUUGAUAAGGACACUGAAUUCUGCAGUGGGGGUCUGAGCCCGACUGCGAACGGAGAAUAUAGGGGCUCUGAAUCCGACAUCCAUGGUGGCAUUGAUGAACUCAGGGAGCUUUUUUAAUUGUUCUUUAUUUUUCGGUCGCUUGCUGAGUAAUUGGAUAAUCUGGUUGUUUUGGAUUUACUGUUAGAAAUCUUAGCAGUUAGCACCCUGCGAGAAACCACGGUAUAGGACUUUAGGUGCGGCUCUCUUACUCUUUAUGUAUGUAGCUUAAAUAAGGACGAAUACUGUGAAUAUUGCUGUACAGCAUUCCUAUAGUUACUAUUCGGUAAACCUUAGCACGACUCAACUUUUGGAAAA